AUGGACACCCCUGGCUAUCCUUCACUGGUGCCCACGCCCUCGGAACCCUGGAACACCUCUUCGGCUUGGCCCCUGGAUGCCAUCCUCGGAAACGCGUCCUCAGCGCGGAGUGCAGCAGGGCUGGCUGUCAGCGGCAUUCUGAUCCCACUGGUCUACCUGGUGGUGUGCGUGGUGGGCCUGCUGGGCAACUCACUGGUCAUCUACGUGGUCCUGCGACAGACGGCCAGCCCGUCGGUCACCAACAUCUACAUCCUCAACCUGGCGCUGGCUGACGAGCUUUUCAUGCUGGGGCUGCCCUUCCUGGCCGCCCAGAACGCCCUGUCCUACUGGCCCUUCGGGUCCCUCAUGUGCCGCCUGGUCAUGGCUGUGGACGGCAUCAACCAGUUCACCAGCAUCUUCUGUCUCACUGUCAUGAGCGUGGACCGCUACUUGGCGGUAGCGCAUCCCACCCGCUCAGCCCGCUGGCGCACGGCGCCCGUGGCCCGCACAGUCAGCGCGGCCGUCUGGGUGGCCUCAGCCGUGGUAGUGCUGCCCGUGGUGGUCUUCUCGGGCGUGCCCCGUGGCAUGAGCACCUGCCACAUGCAGUGGCCCGAGCCGGCGGCGGCCUGGCGGGCUGGCUUCAUCAUCUACACGGCCGCACUGGGCUUCUUUGGGCCGCUGCUGGUCAUUUGCCUCUGCUACCUGCUCAUCGUGGUCAAGGUGCGCUCAGCUGGGCGGCGGGUGUGGGCACCCUCGUGCCAGCGGCGGCGGCAUUCUGAGCGCAGGGUCACGCGCAUGGUGGUGGCCGUGGUGGCCCUCUUUGUCCUCUGCUGGAUGCCCUUUUAUGUGCUCAACAUCAUCAACGUGGUGUGCCCGCUGCCCGAGGAACCCGCCUUCUUCGGCCUCUACUUCCUGGUGGUGGCACUGCCCUACGCCAACAGCUGUGCCAACCCCAUCCUUUACGGCUUCCUCUCCUAUCGCUUCAAGCAGGGCUUCCGCAGGGUCCUGCUGCGGCCCUCCCGCCGUGUGCGCAACCAGGAGCCUCCCCUGGGGCCUCCAGAGAAGACAGAGGAAGAGGAGGAUGAGGAAGAGGAUGGAGGUGGGGAGGAUGGGCAGGAGGGAGCAGGGAAGCAUGAGGAGCUGAAGGAGAUGAAUGGCCGGGUCAACCGGAUCACACAGCCGGGUCCCAGCGGACAGGAGCAGCCUCCCAGCGGCCCCACCAGAAAGGAGCGUCAGUUCCUACCCCAAGAACCCUCAGCUGCGGAGAAGUCAGGCACCCUGCACAUCAGCUAUCUGUAA